GUUUUGAUUUCUGGGAUUUUGGAUUCUAUUUCGGCUCACAGUUCUCAAUAAUUUAAAUUUUUUUUUUUUUCAAUCAAGCUCUAAUCUAAUCCAAAAACCAAAACAAUCAAGCUCGAAUCCAUUUCCAUGUUCACUACUUCAUCUUCGAAAGGAAAGACAGGGACAAAGAGAGAAGGUCGCCAACGCGGCACGGUUCGCAAAUACCCGAUCCUGGGACCAUCAUUUCACCCAAGACCCGACCCCAGGUUCACAAACCGGCCCGAUUCGCCGCUGGCAGCAGGGCUUUUCGCCAAGGUCUCACAGAAGCCAACCAACCAAUCCAAGUUCACUGGCAAGUGCAGCCGGCCUCGGUGCGGCAGGUGCCAUACCUACCCGGUUUCUAAGUCUCGGACCAAGGAGAAGGGAACCCAGAAGCUGCAGUCAUGUGACGUUGUUUCGAAUCAUAGGUUGGUGAGGUUGUGGGCUGUGGAUUCGAACCCCAGGUUGAAGUUUGCCGGGUUUUCGGCUAGUGGGGUUUUGGCUCAUUUGGAGAGGGAGUAUUUGAAUAUGGAUGAUGAUGAUGAUUAUGUUGAUGAGGUUUAUGAGGAGUCAUUUGAGUUAGCUUAUCAUGAUUCCCUGGAGUUGGAAAUCGCUUCGGGAGCCGUCGAUAUUAAGGAUUGGGACAAUGAAAAUAAAGGUGAUGUUGAAGUUGAGGAUUUGGGGUUUUAUGAUGCGGAAAUUGUGUCGGCAGACCAAGAUGAAGAUGAAGAUGGAGUUUUCUGUGUAGGAAACAGAAUUAAUUGUCUUCCCAGUCUAAUCAGAGUUCACUUCUGCUGUUGCCGAUCAAGCUGAAUAUUUGGGGUUGUAUUUUCGCAGGUAGUCAUUUCAG